AUGGAGGAUGCACUUGCAAAGCCAAGAAACGUUACUCAUACUCUCUAUAAGCUGUAUAGCUGGCUGGAAAUGGGCACUAUUGAUCUUAGUCCUGAGUUUCAGAGAGAUGCAAUAUUGAACUUUUACAUUCCUCCCAUCAUUUUUUCGUGCAAAAAACUUGAUGACAAACGAUUUAUGCGGGUAUGCAUUGAUGGAAAACAGAGAUUAACAUCAAUAAAAAGAUUUAUUGAUAAUGAGAUUCCUCAUAUUAAACUCUUCAAUGGUAAUAAUCAGAAAUAUUAUUACAAAAAGCCAAAGAAUACAAAAUCAGAAGUUAUUACACAGUUUGAAAGGGAGGUUUUUGAUUGCUCUGAAUUUGUCUGUGUGGAGUAUUAUGAUUUAAAUUUAGAGCAAGAGCAAGAAAUAUUUAGCCGUGUCCAACUCGGAAUGCCUCUUACACCUGCUGAAAAAUUGCAAGCUAUCAGCAGCCCUAUGUCCGAAUAUGCACAUCAAAUAUUCAGUGAUUAUCCUUCCAUAACUAAUAUCAUGGAUGUAAGUCGUGGCCGUCCAUUCCAACUGAUCACUCAAUCAUUACACAUGAUCGAGACUCAACCACCGCUCUUUCGAGCAACGCCAACCACAAUUUCUAAAUAUCUGAAGGAAGAUCGGCCAGUACCACGAAAAUUACUUCGUACUUCAAAACAUGUCUACGACACACUCGAUUCGCUAAUCAAGGCAGAUGUGGAACUCCUUAACCAAAACAACAAACUUGCACCGAUUGAGUUUGUCUUUUUGUGUUUUAUGAUUGCAAAAUAUCCCGAUUUAUCCAUCUCUCAGUUUCAGUAUUACAUUACCGCAAUGAAGAAACUUGUCAGACAAAAGCAUGACGACAUUAGAUUCAAUGGUAAAGUCUACGAAACGCUCAAGCAAUUCGUCGAUAAUAUGGCUGAUAGGAUCGGCUUUGAAUCUCAAAAUUCUUUUCCACAUGGAUAUAAGAGAAUCAAGCGCGAAAUUGAAGAAGACUAA